CCUGAGUCACCGCUGGAGCUGGGGAGGAGCCGGGAAAAGGCAGCCCCAGCCCAGAGCUCAGCCAACGGUCGCAGGGAAAGCAGGUCGGGUAUCAUGGGGGAGAGCACACUGGAGCCGGGGCCUACGCCGGCGGGGGGCCCAGUGCACGCGGUGACGGUGGUGACCCUGCUAGAAAAGCUGGCCACCAUGCUGGAGGCGCUGCGGGAGAGGCAGGGGGGUCUGGCGCAGAGGCAGGGCAGUCUGGCUGGCUCCGUGAGCCGCAUCCAGAGCGGCCUGGGUGCGCUGAGCCGCAGCCACGACACUACGAGCAACACGCUGGUGCAGCUGUUGGCCAAGGCGGAGCGCGUGGGUUCUCACGCAGAUGCUGCUCAGGAGCGCGCUGUGCAUCGUGCGGCCCAGGUGCAGCGGCUGGAGGCCAACCACGGGCUGCUGGUGGCGCGCGGGAAGCUCCACGUCCUGCUCUUCAAGGAGGAGGCUGAAAUUCCACCCAGAGCCUUCCAGAAGGCGCUGGAGCCUGUAGGCCCGGUGGACGAGUCUGAGCCCAGCCCAGAGCAUCUGGAGGCUGAAGCUGGGGAGAGCUCGGAUGAGGAGCCGGUGGAAUCCAGGGCGCAGCGGCUGCGGCGCACUGGGUUAGAAAAGGUACAGAGCCUGCGGAGGGCCCUUUCCAGCAGAAAAGGCCCUGCAGCGCCAACGCCUGUCAAGCCACCUCGCCUUGGGCCUGGCCGGGGUGCUAAUGGCCAGUCGGAAGAAGCCGAGCCUGCACCGGAAUCCAAGCUGCAGCCAGAACCUCCGGAGGACACAAAGGAAGAUCCUGGGAGACCUGGGGCUGCCGACUUGGCUGUGCUCCAAAUAGAGAGUGCGGCCUGAUGGCUGGUGCUGUCCGCCUCCGCCGUGCCUAUGCCUAGUCCCAAAAUAAAUCUUCCUUUCAGAAUGCAGAAUUCACGCCCAAAUAAGGAAUGGAUUCCGCAUCCACAGCCCAGCUCUGCCCCCCUCUUUCUGCCUUCUUCAGCCUAGCACCCUGUGUCCUAGGAGCAGCCACUCACACCUGCUCUCACCAUCAAUAAAAGUAAUAUUACCUAAUCCAGGUUCCAUAGGGAGAGAUGGGGGUUGUGGUGGGGUGGGGAGUGGGGGGAAGGCGGUGCAAUGAAUAAGACAAAUGCUGGAACCAGGGAUGUGGCUUCAGUUUCAAAGAGAUUAUUGUAUGAUUUCUGUAGUUUCCAAUGAACCCUGGGCUCUACUUCAGUGACACACAGAAAUAUCCUGGUGUGGCUUGCUCCUUAAGUGUUUUCCUCAGGGGUACACAUCCAGUACAGUCCCUUGCUGUAGGUGCUCAAUGCCACCUUACAGUUUUCCUUUGUCUCCUCUUCCUCUACCACCUCCUCAAAUUUGGGUUUCCCAGGAUUCUGUUCUCAGCCGUUUUCUCCUUCUGGUUGCUCCUUGGUUAACAUUCACUUCUACCUGCCACAUACACCCCAGACCAUUGCCUUGAGCUGCAGUUGAAAAGUACUGCAAAUUCAAUGUGUUCAAUUUAUUUUGUACUUUUAAAGCAAGUUCAAUUUCAAUGCCAUGGCUAUAUGUUGAGCACUUGCUGUAUGCAUUCAAGAUUGCUCCUCCUGUUGUAUUUUCUUUACCAAUAAAGGUGUCAGCAUCCACACGGAAA